AGCACAUGAAAUUUUACUUUGAAUUUGUUAAUAGUGUUUCUUCUGGUUCUGUUUAUGAUGUACAUAUGUUUUGUUUGUAUCAGGCUUCAGAUUGUCGUCAGAACAUGGCCCGUGUUCUACGACCCUUUCGUGAUGUGAUUAUAGAAAUGCAGCAGUCAGAAUUCCGUAUGGAUAGGCAUAAGGUUAAGGUUUUUCUUGGAGGUGAUUUUCAUUUCAUCGAUGAUGUUCUUGGUCACCAGGGUUCGUCUGCUUCGUACCCUAGUGUAAAGGACUAUGUUGAAUUAACUCACCUUCAAAACCACCGUGGGUUACCUCACACGCCUUUUCAUUGUGACAUAGCUCGUAGAACUGUUAAAGAUCUUGAGGCUAGUUACUUUGAAAACUUGGCCGAGGAUCGCACUGGUGGUUUAAGAAAAACUGGUAAGUAUCAUGAAUCUAUUGUGGGUGAUGUCAUUUUUCCUAUUACGGAUCUAAGCAGAGUCGUUCCACCCGUUUUGCAUAUUGUAUUAGGCAUCACCCUUAAGCUGUAUGAGCUGUUGUUGAAGUGUGUGCGCAGGUUGGAUGCAUGCGACGAUAUGCCCAGCGAUAGGUCCGAUAAUAUUGAAUGGGUGACGAAAAGCGUAGAGCUGCGGGAGAGCGAACAAUCCUUAAGGCAAUUAGGGGGUGAAUACGUAGACCUGGCCAAUUUGACAGACAGGUUAAGUGCAGGGCUAAGACAUGAUUUUGGUGAACUUGAAAACAUCUCUAAAAACUCCUCAGGAAAAAAAAGGUUUGCAGUAAAUAAAGAUUUUGGAUCGUGCGCUGCAGAGGUUUGCUUAAUAACAAGGUUUGAUACUGAUGUUAAUUGGGUAUUAUGUGACACAUGUGAAAAAUGGUCACAUCAAGUUUGUGAAUUGUUUGGGGAAUCUGAAGAGAUAACUCUUGAGAGAUUUACGUGCCUAAAAUGUUCAGGAAUAGGUCGAUUAGAUCUUCAUCCACAUUUGGAAAAGAGAAUUGAUGAUCUAAGGGAACGCCGUGUUACUCUUGACGAUUCCAUUUUAGAAUUGGAACUUAGGUGUAAGGUCCUUCAGACUAAGUGUGAAGAAACCAUGGGACAUCGGGAGAAGCAACUUCUCCAAUGCCUUGAUGACAUCAAGGUUGCACGACAAGCAUACCAUGGUAAUGUAUUUGUUGGCAAUCAUUGCAAAGUUGUUCUGAGAAAUCAUGCUCGACUUUGUGAGGUGAUUGCUGACAAUGCAGAUCUUCACGAACGAUUUCUCUGUGUGUUUGGUUUAUUUAAUCAGAUUCAACCACUUCUUUUUUGUAAACGAUUUUUAACCGAUCCCGAAAUAGAUGCCUUAGAGAGAUUUUGUAAUUCAUUUGGUGAGGCCUUUCCAAAACACUUUCCUGAGGAGACUAUUACACGCAAACUACAUGAGUUAGUUUUUGAUGUGCCACGAUUUGCAAAAAUGCAUCGGACUUUAGGACUUUUGAGUGAAGAGGAGGGUGAGAGCUUGCACAACUCAGUCAAUAAGGAAGUAAGACAGUUGUACGGGGUUCGAGAUCAGGACCUGAAGCUAACGUUGUUACUGCAACGUCAGGAAUUGUGGAGCAAGGCCAAUAGGAAGCUUCAGAUAGGGGUAGAGCGUGUGUGUGUUCCUUGCAAGGGGAACGGACAGAAAAGUUUUUAUAGGAAGGGUAAGUGUCCUUGUUGUGGCCACUGUAAAUAAUAAAUGUGUAAAUUUAUGUUCCUGUUUAUAUUUUAUUUAAAUGUAUAUACUAUAUAUAUAUAAAUUAAGAGAGUUAAUAUAUAUCUAUUUAUAUAUCAUGAAAGAUAGUUACAAUGAUGUAGUUUUUAUUCCCUUUAGUUCCAGUAAACAAGUUCAGUUCCUUUUCAAAGUUUAAAAUUAGUAUUACGAUCAAAGUUUUCUACAAACAUUCCAGUAAACAAGUUCAGUUCCUUUUACAAAGUUUAGAAUUAGUAUUAUGAUCAUCAAAGUAUUCUGCACAAGGUAACACUAUAAAUCCAUUGGCUGGCUCACUGUUGCUUUUGUACUUGCAAAUACUGUCUCUUUAUAAUCUAGAAAUAAUUAGACUCUUAUUUUAUAUUUAGAUUUCUGCAUGGAAGACUUCGAAGAUUAAAUUAUUACAAUGUAUAUAUAUUUAGAUUGUAUAAAUUAAAAAAUAUUUUAUUUACAAAAAAGUUCUGUAAAUUUUUGAAAAAUUAUAUAUUUUGUACACUAUACAA